UUGCUAAUCAAGCUCAACAUAGUCAAACUAUAGCAUUGGUUCCUCAACCACCCACUGUUCCUCGUUCAGUAACAAAAAGUAACCGAUGUGCAGCAGUUCGGCGUUUCAAAUUUUGUGAAAUUUGGGGUCUUGCACGGCAAGCCACACAGCUCGCUGUUGAGUGCGAUGAUGAUGAGAUGGUUCAUUGGUUAAGAACUUUUAUCAAUAAAAAAAAACGGCAGCUAACACAAACUAGUGCACAAAAUAAUGAAUUUGAGGAGGAUGAAAAGGAAAACUUAACAGUUGCUAAUCCACCUAUUACUAAGCACAAGAGCAGACCUGAAACCAAACGAUAUAAGAGUGCAAUGGAGAAAGCAUGA